AUGAUCCUUCACGGUGCCCUCUCACAGGAGCGGGACCGCCUCCUCUCGUCGUACCUGAAGUCACCCAUCACACUGUCGUUCCCCCCCCCUCUCCCUCUCCUCGCUCUUCCCUCUCCCCCUUCCUUCUUUGUGUAUAAAAAAAAUGUUUUUUUUUUUCGUUUGGGGAUGGGGGACGCUCGUAGUGCGUCAAGCAAAGCUAGCAGCCCUUCUUGUGUCCUUGCCGCCACCCCUCGUGAUUUUGGGCGUUCAGCGGAGCCUGGAGACAGUCCGCGGCCCCCCAUCAUCGCCGUCCUGUAUCGUCCAGGUCAAGCAAAAAGGGAACGACAACCCGCACGCGGGGGGAGGGGGGGGGGGCAGCGCCGUUUAGUUUCGUACUUUCUCCCCGCUCUUGCUGCUCACGUCAGACACGGCAAACAGUGGACGACGUAUCCUUUAUCUUUUUUGUAUCCAUAUCGCCCCUCUCACUCUCUCUCCACCCCACCCCACACCCCCUCCAUCAUCACCGAUCCCCGCAUUACUCGCCGCAAGCUGGCGUCUGUUUUGUCUUUGUUUUACUUGCAAUCCGUCACCAUGAUGGCGAGCGGUGGUGACGAACAACUCGAUGCGCUGGUCGACUCCAUUCUGCAGUCCAGUGACCACCUCGGUAGCAUUGAUCAAAUCACCCAGCGGCUGCCAUCACCACAGCAGCAGCAGCUGUCCAACCCUGCGUUCACCUCCUCGACACAGCAAAGGGAGCACACCAGCAGCGACAGCCACGACACCGGAGUGAGGGCCCACAUGCACGCCGUGAGCCCCGGCGGCAGCAGUAGCUCUGUGGGCAAUUUUGUGGUAGCCGUACCGGCUGCCCACCACGCGUCGGCGUCCACGAGCAGAGCGACAGCAACGCACCUGGACACCGAGGAUGGAGAGAAAGGAGAAGAGGAGGACGACUUGAGCGCCCUGGUCGAGCGCAUCCUUGCUGGUCCCGGCGUCCGUGGGCGCCCCUCUACCUCGUCGGCCUCGUCCCCGCGAUUCUCCCAGGUCCCACCACCGCACAUCGGGAACUCCGGGGCCACCAGCACAAGCGGGCUCAAGGGCGCCACUCGGGUGAAGGGAGGAAGUAGCAGCCUGUCCCGCACGUUCGGCGCCGGCCCCGCCUCACCGAAUGCCCGCAUGCAGGCGGUUGUCCGCCGGCUCACCCUCUGGUACGAGCGUAAAGAGGCGAAGCGCGUGCAGGCCGUGUACGAAGCCCUCGAGCGGGAGCAGCUGGACUGCACCUUCGAGCCGCGCAUUAACCGCUUGGGAGUGGAGGUGGGAGGCAGUGUGGUUGUCGAUGAGGAUGAUCGCCCUCUCCAUCGGCGUCACUACAGCGCAGAUGAGUAUCCGCGUCGCUCCUCAGCUUCAUCGAAAGCUCGUGGCAGCUCCGGCAGUCGCGCAGUCUCGCACACGAACACGAUCAGCAUGUCCUCGUCGUCUUCCCGAGUCACGCCGCACGUGUGUGAGUACAUUCCGUCGCUGCAGCCACCGUCGCAGCCCAUCACCGGCGCCGACGCCUUUGUGGAGCGCCUUCGGCGUGCACAGGACGAGCGGGACACGGUGCGAGAGGCCGAGGAGGCGAAGAGGCUUCACUACUACGACCCGACAACCUUCCGGCGAGACCUCACGGUGCCAGUGCCGUUCGAGUUCGUUGAGACACGUCCGCGGCGACUGGCGGCGGCGAUGACUGCCGCGGCUGGCGGCUCGCCGUCGCGUGGUCCCGGCGACAUUGUGGGUGUCACACGGACAAGCAUACCUCCAUUCAGCGCGCGCGCAGCUGCACUCGCUGCAUGCGGAGAUGCGGGGGCGACACCACCGCGACCGGCGGAGGACGGCUUCCGUGACGUGAACGAGGACAAGCGCCUCACGCCCGAGAACACGUUUCUCUCACUCGCCCCACACAUUCGCGAGACGCUGCUGUUUGACCGACAGAUGGAAUUGCAGCUGCGUCGCGCGACGGACUCGGUGCGCCGUGUGACGCGGGGCGAGUGA